AUGCAACUUUCUGUGCUCCUAAGCGCGCUUAUAUCUUUCGUUAUUCUUGCUACAGCGUCACCCACGCCUGGAGCCAUCUCGAAACGUUCCUCCGAGCUAAACACGCUUGACACGUACUUUCGACAUGAUUACCUAGUAGAGAGCAAGAAGCGCAAGGAACUUGCGACACACCUCGCUUACUCCGACGACGACGUCCCAAGCACUGGAGGCAAGGAGUGCGAUGAACUCGAGUCGCGUAUCGCUUACGACAACUAG